UCAGCCAAACCGCCUGUCGCUGCUGCUGCUCCCUCGUUUUUUGAGCCAACCCCCUCCGCCUUCAGCUUCUGGCGCUCUGGGUUUUUGCCACUUCUGGAAGGAUUUCUAAAAAACGUAUUAUUAUUAUUAUUAUUCGCUUUUCCUUGCAUCACAGGGGAAGCCGGGAUUUCAAGAUGCUAUGGUUUAUUUUCCUGGAGCUUGACAAGGAACUGAGGACUUCUGCUGCUGGUCGGGCAUCAUCUUAAGAGAGAAGCUGGAGAUUUUGCAAAGAUCACUGAAAUAACAAACGCGAAGUGCUUUGAACACUUAGAAGUGCCAUGUAAAUGGAUUCAUUUCUCCCUACUCUAUAUUUUCAUGCUGUUAACAAGACAUACUUUCCAUACCCUGCCAGUCUGGACUGAUGAAUCUAAGGGAUAAAACAGAAUUCUAUACUGUGUAAACGAGCUGAUGGACGAAGAUGAGAAGGACAGGGCAAAGAGGGCAUCACGCAACAAGUCAGAGAAGAAGAGAAGAGAUCAGUUCAAUGUCCUUAUCAAGGAGCUGUGCACCAUGUUGCAGGGCCAGGGCCAUCCUCUCAAGAUGGACAAGUCCACCAUAUUGCAGAGGACCAUCGACUUCCUACAGAAGCAGAAAGAAAUCACAGCACAGACAGAGGCCUGUGAGAUUAGACAAGACUGGAAGCCUUCGUUUCUUAGCAAUGAGGAGUUUACCCAGUUGAUGUUAGAGGCAUUAGAUGGGUUUCUCAUUGCACUAACCACUGAUGGGAUUAUUAUUUAUGUAUCUGAUAGUGUCUCGUCUCUUCUUGGGCAUUUACCGUCAGAUUUGGUGGACCAAAAUAUAUUAAACUUCCUGCCUCAGUGUGAACAGAGUGAUGUAUAUAAACUUCUUUCCCCACAUAUGCUUGUGACAGACCCUGUGGCAGCAGAUUUCCUAAACACUGAAAAGCAGACAGAAUUUUGUUGUCAUUUAGCCCGAGGAAACUUAGAUCCAAAUGAACCCAUUACAUAUGAAUAUGUGAAAUUUGUAGUGGAUUUCAAAUAUUUUACUCAUGUGCCUACAUCCUCUUACAAUGGGUUUGAAUCUGCCAUUGCACGAGUAUUCCGGUCAGCCAAUGAAGAGCAGGUCUGCCUGGUAGCCACAGUCCGUCUUGUUACUCCACAAUUCUUAAAGGAACUUUGUAACGUGGAAGAACCUUGUGAAGAAUUCACAUCAAGGCACAGUCUGGAAUGGAAAUUUUUAUUUCUAGACCACAGAGCCCCACCUAUUAUAGGUUACUUACCCUUCGAGGUGCUCGGGACUUCAGGUUAUGACUAUUACCAUGCUGAUGACCUGGAGAUUCUUGCUAGGUGCCAUGAACACUUGAUGCAGUUUGGAAAAGGAAAGUCUUGCUACUAUAGAUUCUUGACCAAGGGCCAGCAGUGGAUAUGGCUACAAACACAUUAUUACAUCACUUACCACCAGUGGACCUCCAAGCCCGAGUUUAUUGUCUGUACCCACACGGUAAUUAGUUAUGCUGAGGUUCGAGCAGAAAGAAGAAGAGAUCUUGGCCUUGAAGAGUCGUCCAUCGAACUAGCGUCUUCAUCUUUGAAGAGUCAUGGAAGUUUCAUUGAUAUCCGGCAGUGUGUCACCGGCCAGGAGCCCAGUCGGGACAGGGUGUCUGUGUCAUCUCCUAGUUCCCGCCGAUCCUCGCACACGGCACUCUCUGACUCUGCAUCCACAUCAUCCAUCCGGCACACCGAUGCCAGCACCCCUACCAGACAGUCAUUACCCAUGUCUGACAAGGCGCCUCUCCGGCUGGCUUCAAGCAGCAGCACACAGGGCAUAAUAACCCCUCAAAUGCCCGCUGAGCAUCUCACACAGCAUCACAUGGCCCAGCCCACGGUUCCCUCACAGCAAGCGGUUAUGCCCAUUUAUCACUUCCCAGCCCAGAUAGGGAUGAUGCAUCAGCUGAAGGAGCAGCUGGAGGAGAGGACCCGCAUCCUGCAAGCCGACAUCAAGACGCAGCAAGAGGAGCUGCACGUCAUCAAAGAGCAGCUUCUGCUAGUGCAUGAUUCCAACCUGCAGAUGAUGAUGCAACAGCCGAUGCCGAUGGUCUUCAACAACAUGCAGCAACCCCAGAACUCACGGCGGCCUUCUCAGCAACAAGCAGCAGCAACAGGGAGCAGGCAUGGAGCGGCCCCCAAGAAGUCUCAGCAGCAAGGCCUUAUGGGAGCCAAGCAGUACUGUGGCACGCCCUUGCCCUCGCCACAGCAAUUCCUCAGGAACAACCAGCCACGUAUUCCCAGGACCAUUUACACUUUAACAUGGAGUACCAGAUUAAUUGCUUUCUUUCACCAAGAAUGCCCUCGCAGCUCUUAA